AUGGCGUCGUCGGGGUCUGCCCCCAACGGUGGGGCUCACGACCACGUCCUGCGACCGAGACCGAAGAAGCCGCAACACUCGCAGUUGUCGAGGACCCAGAGCAAUACCUCUGUCGGCGAGAUGAGCGCCUUGACGCCGCUGUCCGAGACUGGCCAGACAAGCGGCACUACCAGUGGCCGCUCGACACCCGUCCCCCACGAUGCCCUCCCCUCCGUAAAGAGCAUGUCCUCGGCGAGGAAGCAAGCCCGUGCCGAACAGCGUCGUCGUAUCUUCCCCACCAUCGAGUUCGCGAGCCGCGUCUCCCACUUCGACCCCAACUCCGACUACCGUGACUUCCACGGCUUCUUCAACCUCUUUUGGAUCGGCCUCGCCAUCAUGGCCAUCACCACCAUGCUGCGCAACAUUAAGGACACGGGCUCCCCCAUGCGGGUCAAGAUCUGGACCCUCUUCACGAUCAAGAUCUGGCACCUGGCCAUCGCCGACUUCCUCAUGGUCGCCACCACCCUCGUGUCCCUGCCCCUCCAUCGUGUGUGGCGCGCCGCCCCGGCUAACGGCGCCUUCACCUGGAAGAACGGCGGCAUGGCCGUCCAGAGCAUAUACCAGGUCCUUUGGCUCGCCUUCUGGAUCGCUGUCCCUUUCUUGCUCGAUUGGACAUGGACUGCCCAGGUCUUCCUGCUCAUACACACCAUGGUGCUGCUCAUGAAGACGCACAGCUGGGCCUUUUACAACGGCCACCUUAGCGAGACGGAGAAGCGUCUGCGCGCCCUCGACAACCCCUCGACCGCCUCCAAGGACCCUGUCUAUCUGUACCCCACGCCCGACAACCCCAUGGGGACCGUGAGCAGCCCCAAGAACCGCGAUUUCAAGGCCAAGGCCGACGUCGCCAGCACCUCGGACGAGGACUCUACCUCGGACGAAAUCGACCAGCUGCGUGAGGACCUGGCGCAGGAGCUCACCUCUCCCAUGGGCAACAUCGCCUACCCCCUCAACCUGACGUGGACAAACUACUUUGACUAUCUCCUCUGCCCCACGCUAUGUUACGAGCUUGAGUACCCCCGGACCGCCCGCAUCGACUGGCAGAACCUCAUCUCCAAGAUCAUCGCCGUCUUUGGCUGCAUCUCGCUCCUGACCGUCAUCUCGGAAGAGUUCAUCCUGCCCAUCCUCACCGAUGCCUCCGUGCGUCUCAACGCCGUGCCUCCGCCUCCGGUCUCCGAGGCCCUCCUGAUCCUCGCCGAGAGCAUCUCGUGGCUUCUCUUCCCCUUCAUGUUGACGUUCCUGCUUGUCUUUCUCGUCAUCUUUGAGUACGCCCUUGGCGCCUUUGCCGAGCUCACCCACUUCGCCGACCGCCACUUCUACUCGGACUGGUGGAACUCGACCGACUGGAUGGAGUUCUCGCGUGAGUGGAACAUACCCGUCUACAGCUUCCUGCGCCGUCACGUCUACAGCGCCAGCCGGCCCUACAUCGGCCGCCUCCCCGCCACCGUCAUCACCUUCCUCAUCUCUGCCAUCGGCCACGAGGUCGUCAUGGCCUGCAUCACAAAGAAGCUGAGGGGCUACGGCUUCAUCUGCCAGAUGCUGCAGCUACCCAUCGUUGUGCUUCAACGCACCAAGUGGGUGCGCGGCAAGAAGACGCUGAACAACGUGUGCUUCUGGUGUUCCAUGAUCAUGGGCCUGAGUCUGAUUUGCGCUCUCUAUGUCCUCGUCUAG